AUGGGAGAUGCAGUGCUGGCAGCACUGGGGGCGGCAGCUCCCUUCCUGCGUCCAGGGGAGCGAGAGCGGCUGGCAUCGCAGACCAGGCCCUUCGACCCCCGCAGCGAGUGCUUUGUCCCCCACCCCCGUGAGGAGUAUGUGCGGGGGCGGGUGAUGGGGCGCCAAGGUGGGGAGGUCACCGUCCAGACCGAGCUGGGAGAGACAAUGACAGUCAAGGAGGCUGACAUCCACCAGCAGAACCCCCCCAAGUUCGACAAGAUCGAGGACAUGGCCAUGCUGACCUUCCUCCAUGAGCCUGCCGUCCUCUACAACCUCAAGGAGCGCUACGCCUCUUGGUUGAUCUACACCUACUCUGGGCUCUUCUGUGUGACUGUCAACCCCUACAAGUGGUUGCCUGUUUACAACGCUGAGGUGGUGGCUGCCUACCGGGGAAAGAAGCGGAGUGAAGCUCCACCCCACAUCUUCUCCAUCUCUGACAAUGCCUACCAGAACAUGCUGACAGAUCGAGAAAACCAGUCCAUCCUCAUCACCGGAGAAUCUGGGGCGGGGAAAACAGUCAACACCAAGAGGGUCAUCCAGUACUUUGCCAGCAUUGCUGCCAUUGGCGACCGCAAGAAAGAGGCGACCAACAGCAGCAAGGGCACCCUGGAGGACCAGAUCAUCCAGGCCAACCCUGCCUUGGAGGCCUUUGGCAAUGCCAAGACCCUCCGCAAUGACAACUCAUCGCGAUUCGGGAAGUUCAUCCGAAUCCAUUUUGGGGCCACUGGGAAGUUGGCAUCAGCUGACAUUGAGACCUACCUCCUGGAAAAGUCCCGGGUAAUUUUCCAGCUGAAGGCUGAGAGGAACUACCACAUCUUCUACCAGAUCCUCUCCAAUAAGAAGCCAGAGCUGCUGG